AUGUACCCACUGACUGUCAUAAGAAUUGCAAGAGGACACGAAGUUAGAAUAGAGCUGAAAAGCGGAAAUGUGUACACAGGCAUUCUACACAAGUGUGAUUUGUGGAUGAACAUUCACAUGAAAAAUGCUAUAAAAGACAACUCAGAAGAGGUGGAAGAGUGCUACGUAAAGGGCUCAGCCAUAAAAACAGUCCAGUGCAUGAAGAAGCACCUCUCCAUGCAGGAGAUUCUGCAAAAUCGAAGGAGGUAG